CCCUGCCCCCACAGUGAAUUGCAGGGUCCACCGGGAGCACGCUUGACGUCGCGCUGUCAGGACACCUUUCCGCCAGCAAUUGGGAGCACAGUGAUGCAGAGCUGUAGCGUGCAGUCCAGGGUCCGGCCAAGCAUCACAACCCUCCACGACGCUCAACAGCUGGCCUGAAGUAGCUCCUCUUCACUCAUUACUUCAAAGACACAAAAGUCAGCCCAACUGCCGCAAGCGAGCGACGCAACCACCAGCCACCAUGCUCUCCGGCCUCCAGAACCCGCGGCAGCUGGCCGCCCAGGUGCUCAACUUCGGCCUCAUCCUGUCGACAGCUUUCAUGAUGUGGAAAGGCAUCUCCCUGGCCGCCGACUCCCCCUCCCCGAUCGUCGUCGUGCUCUCCGGGUCCAUGGAGCCCGCCUUCCAGCGCGGCGACCUCCUGUUCCUCUGGAACCGCAACUUCCUGGCCGAGACCGACGUCGGCGAGGUCGUCGUCUACAACGUGCGCGGCAAGGACAUCCCCAUCGUGCACCGCGUCGUGCGCAAGUUCGGCAGCGGCGAGCACGCGCGCCUCCUGACAAAGGGCGACAACAACGUCGCCGACGACACGGAGCUGUAUGCCCGCGGGCAGGACUACCUGGAGCGCAAGGACAUCAUCGGCAGCGUGGUCGGGUAUAUCCCAUUUGUCGGCUACGUCACAAUCAUGCUGUCCGAGCACCCGUGGCUCAAGACGGUCAUGCUCGGUAUCAUGGGUUUGGUGGUCGUUCUGCAGCGGGAAUAGAGCUCUCGGU